AUGGGUGAAAAGUUGAUUGGCCCCGAAUACCGAAUCCCUGUUGAGAAUGUGUACACUGGAAUCACCGCAUAUCUUCUCAAGAACUGGCAAGUAUUCGACGUCAUGGCGCUGGCCGGACAAAAGAGAAGCUUCAACCUUCCAUCCUGGGUUCCAGACUGGUCUCGGAGCCUGUCGCUACCAUCAUUGGAUGACUUUCUACGUACCAAAGAUGAUCUGGAUAAACCCGAUGACGGCACGCUAGAUUGCCCAACACGCAUCAAGUUCAAAGACCUCAGUCAAGGUGACUGUCACAUAGAGAUAGACUCGGCCACGGGUGCAAUGCAGCUUCAAGGAUUCAAGCUGUACAAAGUGUCGGGAGAGACCGUCCAGAGUCAAAACUACACACACAUUCGCAUGUCCUUGGGCGAUAUGGGCUUCUUUAUAGUCUCAAUCCCUCAGCAAGACUACCAAGUCUCUGAAAGAGACGAGCUGUUCCUUUUGAACGGAUAUAACCACCCUGUGAUUCUUCGAGAGAAACCAAGCGCAGGAAGCUAUACUUUGGCCGCCGCUUGUGCUGUCUCGAUUGGCUGCCCUGGUUCGAAACUGCUUGUACCCUGGUACCGGCGACUGAGGAUACUGCUCCCAUCUUCAAACUCUUUGACUGUAUCAGUGUUGACACCGGAAGAAGAUAACUCACUCCAGCAAUUGUAUUCGAGGAUGGACAGCACAGACCCACCCACCGCGGCUAUAUUCCGCACUAGAGCCCUAAGUUUCUUGAUGCUCGCCCAAACAGGCAUACAACGAUUCGAGAAAAGCCUUCGAGUGGACUGGAACAAAUGGAACCAAGAACUCGGCUGGAUGUUUCGCGACCAAUCUGCCAUCUGGCAAUACCUCAUCGAAACAACCCAACUAAGUACAGAUGAACGCUGUGGCGAAGGGCACAUGGACAUGCGCGGACCGGACCGCUACGCUGUCGGGAAGAAAUUUCCCUCAAGCUACACUUGGGAUCUGACCCGCUUCUGCUGGGCCUUUCUACAACCCAGAGACACAUACUCUGAGUCCGAGCUUCAGUGGUCGCCCAUGGUAGACCACUUGCGGUCCCACCGCUCCGAAAUCCAGAAAUGGGCACAAGUUACCGAACAUCUCCUGAGAGUUUUCGAAUACUCUGCCGCGGCACUCGGCGACGGUCAGUGGAGGACGUUUCCGGGCGUGCUACUUCCGCAGAGCUGGGCGUCAAACUACGAGUGCUUCCAAAGUGUUCUUAACCUGGACCAGAGUCAGCAGCUGCUCCAGCAGCGCCCGCAGCUGGGGCCAAAUUGCCUUUGGAGUAUUGCCGAGUUCGAGCGGCAUUUGCGUGCGCGCGAGGAGAUUUGGCAGCUGCGGAGUGAGGAUGAGCGGCGCCGUGGCGAGGAUAAUAUCGAGGCGCAUGCGUUAUUGAAUCAUCUGGGCAUGGACUUGUACAGUGAGCAGGAUAUCAGGAUCGAAUAG